AACCAUAUAUGACGCUCUGAUUCUCCCGAAUCCAAUUAAGCAUCGGUGAAGUAUUACUUGAAAGCUCAAUAUGAAAGACGAUAUUCUAGAACGGAGGAAUCUAUUGCUGGCAAGGCAUGGACUCGCAGAACCAAAAAUAAAGUAUAGUCUCAAGGAAUUGAACUUAAACAACGACACCAGUUUCCUAAGUCCCGGGAAGAACACAGCCCUUCAUUUGGCUGCAAGAAUGGGAGACACGAGUGCUGUGGAAGAGUUACUGAAUCGAAACACGUCCCUUCUCACUGAGAAGAACAUCAAAGGCAACACCCCACUGCACUUGGCAGCUCGUAUUGGCCAUGUUGAUGUUGUAGAAUUUCUCAUCUGCCAUGCUGAGAAGUUAGACGUUGAAAAUGGAGGAGUAUAUGAGGUAAUUAGUAUGACAAAUAUGAAAGACGACACGCCAUUGCAUGAAGCUGUUAGAGGUGGUCACCACUCGGUCACCUGUCUACUUGUGAAAAAAGUAGUCGAGGCAAAUCACUCUGAUUUGUUAGCUUCACGGAACAAAGCUGGGGAGUCUCCAUUCUCUAUGGCUAUUGAUGUAAAUAUUGUGAGAACGAUCCUAGAAGCAGAGCCCUCCUGUCUCCUGUACAGAGGUCCCAAUCACGAGACACCUCUCCACAGGGCCGUUUUUAGGGCUGACUUAGAUACUGUACAAAUUCUACUGGAGAAAAAGCCACGACUGAUCUUUGAGAAAGACAGCUAUGGGAGAACUCCCCUUCACUAUGCUGCAGCCUCCUCCGAUUUCCUUGUGUGGAUAGUCUGCGGUCAUUUGCUAAAACGAGACUCUUCCAUUGCGCUUCUCCAAGAUCACUAUCAAGCAACCCCUGCCCACUUGGCUGCGGAAUGUGGCAGUAGAAAGGCUUUGAUCACAAUUCUCAACGCCUGCCCUCAUUCAGUUGAGCUACUCAACCAACAGAGACAAAAUAUCCUUCAUGUAGCAGCACAAAAUGGGUCCGUUAUCGUGGUUAAAUGUAUUCUGAGUUUGCGGGAGGCGGAUGACCUGAUCAAUGAGCCGGAUAAGGAUGGAAACACAACCUUGCAUCUUGCUGCCAUGAACUUCCAUUCCAGUGUGGUACGUUGUCUUGCUUUGACAAGAAAGGUGGACAUCAGGGCCAUCAACAAUGAUGGUAAAACCGCUCUCGACGUAGCUCAGGAUUACAAGAGAAAUAUGACUGCUAAGAAGUCUUUUUUUAAAGCCUUUCUACUCAAAGAAGACAACUUCGAAAAUUGGAGCAUUCAGAUGAAGACUUUGCUUGAUUCCAAAAGUGUAUGGGAAGUCACAAAAAAAGGCUCUCAAGUGCCUGAAGAUGAAUGUAAGCCAUCGCAGACUUAA